ACUCACUCUCACUUUUGUCUUUUUUGAAUGGUGUGCAACAAGCAAAUAACUUCAGUGUAGUUUCCUUCACCCAUGGAUUCCUUCAUUCGGUGUCUUCUGUCCUUUCACUGGUGAUGUACCCCCUUUAACAAGAGACAGAGAACAGAAUGGACAAACAUGCAAACAAGGAAGAGUGGUAAACCAAACACAAUCCCUGUCUCCUGUAAUGACAACAAUCUGCAUUUUAAUAACAUCCUGUCUGCAGUUUAAUGGCAUCCCAUGUGGCCGCCUGUGUUAGGAGAGCUUCAACUAUGAGGGGAUAUGAGCGAGCAAAGCGCUGAUUGGCUGAACACAGCCCACACAACUCCCCCCAGGAGUCAGCAACAAGAGGGCAGGGAGUAAAAUGUCAAAGUGUCCCUUACCUCCUCCUCUUCCUCCUCCUCUUCCUCCUCCUCCUUGCCACUCAAGAUGAAGUGCCGCUCUCUUGGAGACGACUGACAGACAGACAGUGGAGGGGCUGAAGUGAGCACUGGGGUCAGGGACUGAGACAAGCCUCUUUUUCCUUUUUUUUCUCUCUCUUCAUUUCUCUCCUUCCCUCUCAGUUCUUUCCCUUCUUCAAAGCCCAGAGGAGAGCUCUUGAGGUGCUACCCAGGCGAGCAGGAACACUGCAAGUCAUCCACCUGAAGGGCACGCUGCGACCAUGGGUAACCCGUGCGUCUGUGCUCUGGAGCUUCUGGGAGUGCUGGUGGGCUCCCUGGCCUGGUUCUGUUCCCUGGCCACCACCCUCAUGCCCCAGUGGCUGACGCUGUCCACCGAGCUGCUGCCCACGGAGAGCUUCGAGCAGGGCCUGUGGGAGACGUGCGUGGUGCAGGAGAUGGGGGGCCUGGAGUGCCGGCCGUACGACAGCAUCCUGGGUCUGACGGCCGACAUCCAGAUGGCGCGUAUCCUCAUGUGCCUGUGCCUGAGCACCAGCAUGCUGGGGCUGCUGGUGGCCGUGCCGGGGCUCAGCCAGAUCAAGAGCUGCCCGGGCGAGGACGGCCAGUGCGCCAAGCGGGCGCUGAAGAUCAUCGCCGGGGUGCUGUGCAUGGUGUCCGGCGUCCUAGGGCUGGUGCCCGUGUCGGUGGCGGCACACACCACAGUGGUAAAGUUCUUCGACGAACGCGUGCCCGAGGUGAUCCCGCGCUGGGAGUUCGGUGACGCCAUCUUCAUCGGCUGGGUGGCCGGCUUCCUGCAUGUGAUCGCCGGGGUCCUGCUCAUCACGUCCAUUCCUAGAUCACACAGAGGCCAGGCGCGAUUCACGCAGCACCACCACAGACAAGAGGUCAGGACUAUCCACAGCCCGGCCAGAAAGCAUUCCGAGUAUGUCUGAGCCGUUCCAGCUCCCAGUCCUUCCCAGGGAGGGGGAGCCUUAAGCCUAGAUCCAGCAUGAAGUUUUUUAUUGAACUGAAAGACGAAAUACUAAAUAUUAUCAGUUCACACGAGUUCAAAUCACAGUUGUUAUCUUAAACCAAAGAAAUUGGAGUGAUUGCUGAUGUAUUUCUGAGGACAGCACCUCUGUUUUUGGAUCAGUGUUAAUGUAUAAACCUGACACCAGGACUGAAAACAGAUUUUUUUUUUCUGUCAGGUAAUAUUUCUUUUUUUUUCUACUCUCACUGCAUGCAUUUCAUCUAGUAAAUAGUCACAUAUAGAUACAAAUGUAUGUUAUCAUAAUGAGCAGCAGUAUAAAGCUAGUAGUUUACUCACCAUCCCAAGCCUGUGAAUGGUUCAUUGACUAUGUAGAACCUCGAUCUUUAUUCUUACGAAGUGUGAGUUUUAUGAUGAACUUGUGUUUUCUUAGACAUCCCACAUAUAUAUCCAGUCCAUAUUUUAUCCAAUCUGACGAAUGGAAGAGGACAGAAUGACUGAUUACUGAUAUAAUUGACUGGAUUGUACUGUAUC